AGCUAAGCGAUAAGAUGCACGCACAAGGCUCGUCAGGUGCUGCUAAACGCCAGAGGAACGACGAAGACAGAGGAGACGGUGCCUGCGGUGGAUCCGGGCCUGUCCCACAUCCGCAUGCUGAAGGAAACGAACGUGGAACGUCUCUCCCGGGUCUGGAAUGACUCGACUGAAGGAAUUUCCCUCGCCGCGCUUGCAAUGGGUGAGUGUUCCGGUGACUUUGUCGGGCUCGCUCGGCACGGUGAUGCCCAAGAUCCUGGUCCACCCCGACCUGACCGCUUAUCGUGACCCCGGAUGGAAGGAUCCUACCCAAAUCAGUUCGCUUCUCCUUUCCCAAUCGAGCAAAAUCUUGCCGCCCGCGAUGAUGAAGGAAAUCGAGUCUCUGGCGAAGGUAUCGCGGGUCGAAGAAGGCUGGUCUGCCGUCCCCUGCAAGGACAGUCAGUUCCUGAUCGAAGAAGGCUGGCGCGCCCUUUGGCCCUUUCCCUGCCUGGUUGGCGCGGCCGCCGGGCCAUUGCGCCGGCCCGCCGGCCGCGACAAUCGGCCGGCCCUCCGCAAAAACUCCAAAGCCGGCGCGCCGAGGCGGUUGGGUUGAUGUUGGUGGGCCAUGGCCGCCCACUCGCCAUUUUUAG